AGGGGGUCGCUCCAAAAUGGAUUUAUAUAUGUCGGACAACCGAGGAAGCUCCUCCCGCCCUCCCCCACAUGGAGGCAAAAACCAAAGGUGGGAUUUUUCCGAUCUUCUGUCGCACACCAGAUGCUCGACGAAAACCGCGGUCGGGCGCAUCAAGAUCGAAGCUCCCUGCCCGCGCGGGGCCAAACCCAUACGGUAGAAACCGCCAGCACACGAAUCUUCCCAGCAAUUUCCGUCCCCCGGCAGAGCGUAACCUGAGCUUCCUACAUAAACCCCUUCGCUCCUUAAACCCCCUGAUUUUUCCCCAGCAACACAGUCCCCCAACUUUCUUGAAUUUUCUCGGGAAAAAAAAGUGGGAAAUGCAUCGGCGGGCUGCGGAGGCGCUGGUUUCGGCUCGUGGGAAGUCGAGCUUGUCCAGUUUUGCCUCUGUGAGUAAUUGCUGCCAUAUCUGCCAAUUGGAGGUGGAUUUGAGAAUGUCAACAAGUCGGACCAGUAAAACACCUAGAAGGAGUCAACCUUCGAUCCAGUACCGGCGUAACCUAGUUGAGCGUGCAUCCUUUGAGUUUGCUGAUUUUGUCCAUAAAGAGGGUGUCCCCACACAUUCUGAAACUUUUCAGCAGGAAAAGGCAGAUCCCAAGUCCAGAUCAUCUGAAAUACUGAGCACUUCUGAACUCAUCUCAGCAGUUGGCCAUGCAUGGGACUAUACCAGUCGUUCUCUCGCAGUUUUACAACAAAAAACAAACUUAAGUUACAUAAUCUCUGGCGAAAAGGAAGAUAUCUUGCAUAAUGUGAAAUGGCAACAAAAUGGCAGUACAUCUACUUCGCCUAAAUGGAGUCAUUCUGACACCAACUUAACAGAGAUCCGGCUACUGAACCUAGACAUUCUUAGGAUAACUAACAGAACGUCAGUGCUUAAAUUGAACAGUGAGAGCGCUGGGCAGUAUCAAUCAAUGGUACGGAAUUAUAGUGGGGAUAUGACCAAUUUGCUUAAUGGACCUAGGGAUGGAAAAAUGAUUUCAUGUUUGGGGAUCUCAUCUGGACUGGGACUUAUUUAUGGCUGGAUGAGUGAAUCAAUACCUGCUGAGGCCAAACAUCCUUUCAAGACUGCUGUAUCUGAUAGUGAAAAAGCUGGUAAAUACUUUCUUAGAGAAAUAGUCACUCCUCCGCAGGAUCUUAUGUCAGGAGAUGAAGGCCCUAAUAGCUUCAUAAAUAGUGGAAGUGCUGAGUCUUACACCCCCUCUAUCCAGUCCAAGGAUUUGCCGGUGGCUAACAACGCAAAAUUGAUCUUGGACAAGAAGGAAAGCACCUCUUUGCUUUCGGAUUAUUACCUCAAAGUUGCCAAUAUUGAGGCAGACGGCUGUAUCUCAAAAGCUGCAUCUUCUACCCUUCAUGCAGAUUAUCAUUUAAAGUUUGUAGCAUCUGAAAAAGGUGAAGACAAACUUCGCUGUAAGAGAACUAACGGUAUUGAACUCUUUCCUGAAAGAAAGGAAGAGCAUAAUGAUCAUCCUGCCCAGGAAGAACAUACCAUGAAGAUACACUGUUUGGGACAUGAUAAGCCUCAGGCUGCUGUUGCCAAGGAAGAACAGGCAUUUGCAGGGGCAUUUAGUGGUAUCUUUGUCAGCCUAUGUCUUCACCCAGUUGAUACAAUCAAAACUGUCAUUCAGUCUUACCGUGCAGAGCAGAAGUCUCUCUGCUAUAUUGGAAAAUCGAUUGUUUCUGAGAGAGGUCUAACUGGACUAUAUCGAGGUAUCUCAAGCAAAAUUGCAUCUUCAGGUCCAAUAUCUGCGAUUUAUACUUUCACAUAUGAAUCAGUAAAAGGCACUUUACUUCCUCUUUUCCCCAAGGAGUAUUACUCCAUCACACAUUGUAUUGCAGGUGGUUGUGCAAGCAUUGCUACCUCUUUUGUCUACACUCCCAGUGAACGCAUAAAGCAGCAGAUGCAAGUGGGCUCUCACUAUCAUAACUGCUGGAAUGCGUUGGUUGGAAUAAUCACAAGAGGUGGUUUGCCUUCUUUAUAUGCUGGAUGGGGAGCUGUGCUUUGUAGAAAUAUUCCCCACUCAGUGGUCAAGUUCUAUGUUUAUGAGAAUCUAAAGAUGUGGACACUUUCCUCCCUCCCACCCGGUGCUCAACUGAAUACCUUGCAAUCGCUUGUUUGUGGAGGACUAGCAGGAUCUACCGCAGCUUUAUUUUCAACUCCUUUUGACGUGGUGAAGACAAGAUUGCAAACUCAGAUACCCGGUUCUAUUCAUCCAUAUAAUGGCGUUUUCUGUGCCCUUCAAGAAAUAGGCCGGCAUGAAGGGUUGAAAGGCCUCUACAGGGGAUUGACUCCAAGACUUAUUAUGUACAUCUCUCAAGGAGCGCUAUUCUUUGCAUCAUACGAGUCCUUUAAGAGACUAUUCUCUUUGGACUAGCCACAAGUAACUGCUCGAGGACAGCAUUAUAAGGACAAUGCAGAAGAUCAUUCACCGUUGUUAAGCUUGGAACUGCAGUCAUCAUCUUCUCUGCCGUCUGCAGUCUCAUCCAUGAACUGCUCCAGCAAUAGAUAGUUGUGGUUGUUAAGAGAAGAAAAAUGGAGUAAUGGGUUGAAGGGCAUGACAGAUGAGUUGAGAUGUGGGUCGCGCAUCCUCUUGUGCCUUGACCUGGUGAAACAUAGCCAGAACGGGCCGUCGUUGAGAAAUUGCUAUCGCUCAGCAGUUGAAUGGGGAUGCAUUUGUUAUCUGCUGCUCGGUUCGCGGAAGCGGGUAGAGGCAGAGAUUGUCGGCAGUGGGAGCAGAAUUUUUUGACCUGAUGAAACAUAGCCAAAACAGACCGUUGUCGCAAAAUUGCUAUUGUUCAGCAGUCGAAUGGGGAUGGCAUCAGUUAUUUUGUGCUCGGUUCGCGGAAGCAGUUUGUGUACAUUAUAAAAGGGUAGAGGUAGAGAUUGUUGGCUGUGGGAGCAGCAAUUUUUAAAAAAAAAUUUCGCUUUCCAAAUUUUGCAAGGAGCUUCUUUGUCCCAGUUCAACAAGUAGUUUGACAUCAAUAAAUUUGCUAUGGCUGCCACAAGCAAGUGCAACCACAGCUUGUAAGAUGUCUGUAAGUCAUUUGGUGUAAACAUGUAAUCUCAUUGACGAUGACAUUACGUGAAAUGUUUACUCUGGA